ACUCUGCCCCCAGGGACAGGAAUUAACCAGCCCCGGAGUCUUUAGCUCCAACUUGGGAUCCCUGAUCAGUGUGAGCAGAGGCAGAGUCAGAGAAACAUGGAGUCCAAUGCAGUCCAGCUGACGAGGAUGGAAUACGCCAUGAAGUCCCUCAGCCUUCUCAACCCCAAGUCCCUCUCCAGGUAUGUGGCAGUGAGCACCUCGGUGGUCACCCAGCAGCUGCUGUCGGAGCCCAGCCCGGAGCCCCUCAGAGCCCGGCCCUGCAGAGUGAGCACCCAGGACCGGAGUGUGCGGAAAGGCAUCACGGCGCACAGCCUGGAGGACCUCCUCCACAAGGUCCGGGACACCCUGAUGCUGGCAGACAAGCCCUUCUUCCUGGUGCUGGAGGAAGACGGCACAGUGGUAGAGACAGAAGAGUAUUUCCAAACGCUGGCAGACGACACGGUGUUCAUGGCCCUCCAGAAGGGGCAGAAAUGGCAGCCCCCAUCAGACCAGGGCUCUAGGUACCAACUCUCCCUCUCCCAUAAGCCUGCCAAGAAGAUCGACGUGGCCCGAGUAACCUUUGACCUGUACAAGCUGAACCCACAGGACUUCAUAGGCUGCCUGAAUGUAAAGGCAACUCUCUAUGGCACAUACUCCCUUUCCUACAACCUUCAUUGCUAUGGGGCCAAGCGCGUCAUGAAGGAAGCUCUUCGCUGGGCCCUCUUCAGCAUGCAGGCCACAGGCCACAUGCUGCUCGGCACCUCCUGUUACAUGCAGCAGCUUCUGGAUGCCACAGAGGAGGGGCAGCCCCCUAAGGGCAAGGCCCCAUCCCUCAUCCCGACCUGUCUGAAGAUACUGCAAUGAAGGCCCAAGUCCUCGAAGGCCUUCUCCAGCCAAGGACUAGCCUG